UCCAAGCGUCUGGGGAGUGGGAUUGAGCGUCCUGUGUUGGGGGGAGAGAGUGAGAGAGGGAGAGAAAUGGAUUUGCAGAAAUUGAAGGAUUUGCUGGAGGGCGCAGGGGAGGAGAGUGUCCCAGCAACCGUUGAUGAACUUCCCGCCAGAUUCUACGAUCGAUUCAUCAUGCAUGGCAUCCACGUCGAUCUCAUCGAACCCGGUCGGGUACUCUGCUCUCUCAGAGUCCCACCCCGUUUCCUGAACACUGGUAACUUUCUGCAUGGCGGGGCGACGGCGUCUCUGAUCGAUUUGGUGGGAUCGGCAGCGAUUUUCACUGUUGGAGCCCCAACAUCUGGCGUGUCCUUAGAAAUCAAUGUCUCUUACUUGGAUGCUGCCUUUCUCGAUGAAGAAAUAGAGAUUGAGGCAAAAGUUUUGCGGGUGGGAAGGGCAGUUGGAGUUGUUAGUGUCGAGCUGAGGAAGAAGAAGACUGGAAAGAUUAUUGCUCAGGGACGCCAUACCAAGUACCUGGCUGCAUCCAGUAAAUUGUGAAGGAGCCUGCUGUUUUCCUUCUGUAAUUGCUUGAAAGGAAAGAACUUGUUCUUGUAACUGACAUUAUUCUGCCAAUAUUAGAGGUGGGUAGUUUUUGGUUUAACUCUUGUUUGUGGUGUAUUUUAGGGUGUGUAAAAAAGAAAAGAAAAGAAAAUUUUAACCAGAAGAUGCUUGGCAGGCUAGAUGAAAGUGCUGCUCAAUUGCUGGUUUUAUUUUGAAUAACUAUAGCCAAUUUGUAUUUUCUCUACUUUGCAUGUUUCAAGAACUCUAAAACUCAGUCAACUUGGGUCGAUUUGAAAGACUCAGACAAGUCUUUAAUUGA